AUGGCAUCCUUUGUUGCACGCCGAAGAAAACCUGAGCUCGUGCUACCGGCGCAAGUAACGCCGCACGAGACUCUGGCUCUCUCCGACGUUGAUGAUGACAUAGACCUGCGAUUUCUGCAGCCUGCCAUCGAGUUCUUUCGUGCUGUCGACCACGGGCCGUGGCGGCCUGCCACUGCUGCAAAGGUUGUCAAGGCGGCUCUCGCGGAGGCGCUGGUGCACUACUACCCACUAGCAGGCCGUCUCCGGGAGGCCGCCGGGGGAAAGCUAGUUGUCGAGUGCACGGGGGAAGGUGUUGUGUUCGUGGAGGCGGAGGUGGACGUGUCCAUGGAUGAUCUUGGCAAGCCGUCGCCACUGCCACCGUACCCAUGCGUCGAAGAACUGUUGUGCGAGGUGGGCGACCCUAGGGUUGUUGUUGGAGUUCCUUUGUUCUUCAUGCAGGUAACCCAGCUGAGAUGUGGAGGAUUUGUGAUUGGUCUUCACAUAUGCCACAACAUCGCCGACGGCUACGGCACCACUCAAUUCCUGAAAUGCAUCGCCGACUUGGCUCGUACAGGGGGUGAUGCCUCCAAAAUCGUAUCGCCGGUGUGGAAUAGGGAGAUCCUGACAGCGCGCAUCCCACCGCAAAUAAGCCCGGAAUUUGUGGGAUUCCUCCAAAGAUUAGGCAGCACCGGCAACGAUGUUAUGUUGUCAACACCGCCGGAAGAAAUGGUCGUCCGCUUCUUCAUCUUCGGCCCGGGAGACAUCGCAGCGCUACGAAGCCACCAUGCCCCCGCACAUCUUUCGCCACCAGCCACAAGCUUCGAGCUUCUGACUGCGGUCAUGUGGCGUUGCCGCACGGUGGCGCUCGGCUAUGAGCACCACCAGCGGGUGGGCCUAAUGUUCUCUAUGAAUGUGCGCGGGGGUGGGAAGUGCCAUGGGCUUGUCCCGCAUGGGUUUUACGGCAACGCACUAUUUUACCCUGUGGCAGACACGACCGCCGGAGAGCUAUCUGGCAACCCGCUUAGCUACACACUCGGACUCAUCCGUGAGGCCAAGCGCAACAUGACAGACGACAACAUGGAGUCCAUGGUGGAUUUCAUGGCAUCUCUACAUGGGCGGCCACCUCUCACCAUUGAUAAAAUGUAUGAGGUCUCUGACAUGAAAUGGAUUGGACAGGAGGCGCUGGACUUCCAAUGGGCGAAGCGGGUUGGCGGUGGCUUACCCAUGGUGGGGGACAUCUCCUUCGACUCUGUGAGCUGCCACAUGAGGUGUAGGAAUGGCAAGGGUCAGGACGUGAUCGUGAUAAACAUGAUAUUGCCAGGACCUGCAAUGGACAAGUUUGAGAAGGAGAUUGCUGUUUGGGUGUGCAAUGGACAAGACGAAAAGUAGUGGUCCACCUCAAUUCGAUCAGCCUCAUACACCCCUAAUAAAAUAAACCCCGGCGCACAAGUGCUUAAUUACCAUGUUGUUUUGAGUUUGCAACUAUGUAGAU